GGCUCAGUUUACGCAAAGUCCUUCAUUUAUUCACCAUAUAGAUACCGUAUUAAUGAUGGGUAAAAUUUGCUCUUAUCUGAAUAAUCAAUUGGAUGCGACAAAUAGAGACUUCGAUACCGCUACAAUAAUACUACUAGUUUGAGAAUUUUUAUGUAGGUGUCAAGAUAGCAUGCCACAAACUCCUCAGAUAUUAGAAGGUUUUUAAGCAUGCAGCAAACUUGCAAAGUAGCUACCAAACUGUUGGUUCUGAUCUAGAAGCUCUAAAAUAUCUACCUAAAAUGGUCCUUGAAGCUACUCACUGCAUUACAAAUGCAUCCACCAGCCUUCCUUCCAUAUAAUAUCUUGUGUGCCCACAGCUUGGGCCAAGGUCAGCAGCAAACCCAUCCCACAGCUGAUCACCAACCACUCCACCCAUGGCAGGACCCAGUUUUCUACGAGAUUCAAAAGACUUGUGCUUCUGAGGACCCCUCAACUCCCAACUUCUUCCAUUUGUUCUGUCCGCUCGUCCAAUCACCCAGCUGCAUGCUUCUCUAGUCUCACCUCAUCAGAAAACGACCGUUAAACUUUUGGUAGUUCAAUCAUCUAUUCCAAGCCAUGGACUUUAUCCCAAAACAUAUAGGAAAAACCCAGCUUCUCUCAUGUCUCAGAAGUUCUCCUCCUCAUCCACCUCUUAAAAUUAUUCGAGCUCAAAUUCCUUCCAUGAACUAAAAGCCUGAGAUCAUGACCAGGAAUCGCUCCAGGGAAUCUCCUUCUCCGCCACGACAGGCGUGCUGCUUCGGGUGUUCUGCUAAAAAGGAAUCAAACAUAAAGAGCAGCAGCAGUGGAGUCCAAGGCUCAAGGCUCGACCGGGGGCGUCGGGGGAGCAGUGAAGAGAUCCUUACAGAUUUCAGUACUUUUUCCUUGAAAGAACAGCAGAAAAACUUGAAGAAGGCACUGAAGGAGGAGGAAAAGGCGAGCCGGGAAGCGGAGAAGGUGGUAGAGUGGGUGAAGCAGGCUUCAGCCAGGAUUGAUCUUUCCACAGUGGAUCAGUUGCUGAGUGAAGAAGAAAAGUCCAAGUGAUGGGCUUGUGUUUGUGCUUUGAUUUUGGCCGUUUAAGUUCAUAGGAAGGGGAUUUCUUGAAUUAGAGGUGCCAUUGGUAAGAUGGAUGUUAGAUUUGUUUGUCCAUGAUAUACAUAUCCUUUACCAAUCAAGCUUGCUUGCAUGAAUGUACAUCAUGCAAGAUGAUGUACAAUUUGGAAUUCUCUGCUCUCUGCAGGAAAUAAAGACAAAUAAAGUUGCACAUAGAAUUUUCUCUCCUGGUUUGUAACAGUCUAUCUCCAUUCACAAUAAGUAUUUCUACUGUUUGAAGUUCAAUAUCAAGAAUACAACCAAUAUAACUCACCAGUCCAUGCACUUUUUUACGAUUAUUCCCACCUGCCCCUUGGAUACAGAUUGAUCGUUCCACAACUAGUUUUUCUUUACAAGCCUAUUGGAUUCAAUUGUGACUUCAAGGCGAUAGUUUCUCUCCAAAAUAUAAGCAAAUUCCAUAACAAGAAAAAUCUAUGCAUGUUAUAUGAUCACCUGUAAAUAGCUGGUCAAGAAACUAAAUCACAGGAAUAGAUGUUGCAGUUAAUGUUCGGAAAUGAGAAGAUGAUGAAAUAAGAUGGACAUAAUCCAUAAUGAGAUUGAAAUGGAAAACUGACAUUUGGCACCUGGAAGGCCUACAAAUUUUCAGAAAGACAUGCUAUCACAGUUUAAUGAAUGAACCAGCCAUGCCAGAAGAUGCAUGCGAGAAACAGGAGUGGACCAGACCAACCAUGUAAGAUAGCAACCAUGGGAAGCAUGGAAUCAAGCAAAAGUCCCUCUACAGGAGUUACAGAAAAAGAUGAAAAAUAAGAACCUCUGAAAAUUUCAGUUUAAAGCUCAUCAUUCAGGAAUAACUUAGCUCAGAUUAAAAAUUGGAGAAUUUUUCCAAAAACUUCAAACUUGCAGAGGGGAAAAAUAGAUACAUCAGUACACAAACAAACAGUGGAGAGCUUACAACACCAAAUAUCAAUGGCAACAAGUAACACUCUUAAUCAAUCCAAUAGACCAUGAGUUAUGCAGUAAUAAGUCAUGGGCAAGCUUCUAUGAUUAUUUUUUUACUGUAUAUUUCUUAGUAAUAUAAUUAUUUGGGGAAUACUUAGGAGAAUCAUUCGGCAAAUGAACCUUCAGCAAACAAUUGGACAACACUACAGAGAAUAUUAUGAUUACAACAAAUAGAAGAAAAUGAAAUAAGAUAUUGAAGCAACUCCAAGGAAAGAUAUCCACAGCUUAAAAGAAUAUAAAUGCAUGGUGAACUUUAAAGAAAUGAAUGUCCAUGAUUUUUGGCGGUUAAAGCAGAGAUGAAAGAGUCCAAGCACUUCACGAACGAUAAUACCAAAGCUCUUGAGCUUCUUAGGACAUUAUCAAGUGCUCAGGGACUGUAAGGUGGACAACAAAAAUAAAAGAGUAGAUUGACAUAAAACAGAUUUGGUGGAAAUAGGAUUCCCGGAGUAAUAAUAUAAUGCAUGAGUGAUAUGAUACCAGCUUUAUGUCAAUGGAAAUUUCUGCUGUAGUCAGACAUCUACUAACGUUCUCUGCACUUACUUUAUGUUACUAAGAAGAUGACAUGGCUUUUGCUAAACUAGAGUUAAUGGCUUUUUACCCUCUUGCUAAUCAGAUUCUAGUUUUCAAUAUGCCAUCUUUAUACUUCGCAUAUCAUUAAAAUCAUCACUGAGCACAUACAAAGUGGAAAAAGAUAAGGUCACACACCAUGGCAAUCGGAGAUGCUCAGCUUGAUAAUUUUGACAGUAUUAUAUUUUUUUAAAAUUGAAAUCUCCAGAUGCCAGCAAAUAUAUAUGUUUAGGAAUACGGCAGACAGCUAAGCUAUAUAUUCAGAGAUUAUGGCAGUCAAAGGGGCACUAACAAAUUAGAGCUACCUUGAACGUAGAAGGUAACUGUGCUCUCAGAACUCUGUAGUUUAUCAUGCAAACUAAUGAUCCAUCAUUCUGGAAUUGUUUGUCCAGCAAUCCCGAGCCAGGUUCUUUAAAACCUCAAAGUUCCAUCUCUAUAAAAUCUAGCAAGUCCAAGUUUGCGAUACUUAUCAAAUUAUUCUGCAACACAUUCAAAGAAUAAAAUAAUACUGCAGAAUGGUAAGCCAUAUCUCAACCAAAUGAAUUUGUUUCAUGAAUAUUGUCAAGUUUCAUAGUUGGCAUAUCUUCUAGAUGAUAGCAGGCAGUUCAGACUCAGACUUUAUCAUCAGCUCUUGGUCACUUGCACUAU